UACUCAUUUUGAGUGUGGGGCGAGAGACUCGCGCCCAUCAGUACUCGUCCCCUACCCUGUGGCCACGGCGCGCUUCGGGCCGCGUUUCGGGAAGUGCGUGUGCGCGGGGACUGGGGUCGCUGCGGAGGGCCGGGCGCACAUGCCCGGGGAAGGAGAGCGGAGGGCGUCCCGCGGGUCCCCGGGAGAGAAGUGGAGACGGGCUUCCGCGGGCGCCGAGCGGUAGGGGAUCUCCGCGUCCGCUGCAGCGUCGCUCGCCCCAUCCUCUGCCGGGCCCCCUCAGCGCCCCGGGCUUCUCCCGCCGACACCGCGCCCCGCUCUCGGGGCCGCGUCAGCACCGGGCCGCUCGGGUCCCCCGCCAGCCCCCACUCCUCUUCCGGGUCCACGACCCGCGCCCCAUAUCCGCCAAGGUGUGCCUUCCGCUGACACUGUCCCGGCCGGAGCGAGGCCAGUCCAGCCAGCUGAGCCCCGCGCGGCCGCGGCGCAGGUUUGCGCUCCCGCCGUCGAGGACUGCGGCGGCCGCGUGGGCGUGGGCCGGUCCCCGCGGCCAGGGGGGACAGGGGUACGGCAGGCGCACUUGACCGUGGGGCCCGAGCGUCCGAGCCGCGCUGCGCCGGCGGCGGGCUUUAUGUAAAUCGGGGCUGAGCCGGGGCGUCCUAGGUAGGAUGGACCAGCCCCCCGCGCCUCGGCCCUCACGUCCAAUAAGAAGAGCCCCAGCUUGACACCUGCCUAUAUACAGGCGAGCGCGCCCCCGGCUCGCGGACCGAGCGCACAGCCCGCACAGCCCACGCCGCGGGCGAGCGAGACCUCGGCCCGCCUUCAUGACUUCCAGUAAGAUCGAGAUGCCCGGCGAGGUGAAGGCCGACCCCGCCGCUCUCAUGGCGUCCCUGCACCUCCUGCCGUCGCCCACGCCCAACCUCGAGAUCAAGUACACCAAGAUUUUUAUUAACAAUGAGUGGCAGAACUCGGAAAGUGGGAGAGUGUUUCCUGUCUAUAAUCCAGCCACAGGAGAACAGGUGUGUGAAGUUCAAGAAGCAGACAAGGCAGAUAUAGACAAAGCAGUGCAGGCAGCCCGCCUGGCUUUCUCUCUUGGCUCAGUGUGGAGAAGGAUGGAUGCUUCAGAAAGAGGACGUCUGUUGGAUAAGCUUGCAGACUUGGUGGAACGAGACAGGGCAGUCCUUGCAACCAUGGAAUCCCUGAAUGGUGGCAAACCGUUCCUGCAAGCUUUUUAUGUCGAUUUGCAAGGAGUCAUCAAAACCCUUCGGUAUUACGCAGGCUGGGCUGAUAAAAUUCACGGGAUGACCAUUCCUGUAGAUGGAGACUAUUUUACCUUUACAAGACACGAACCUAUUGGAGUGUGUGGACAGAUCAUCCCAUGGAACUUCCCCCUGCUGAUGUUUGCCUGGAAAAUUGCUCCAGCUCUGUGCUGUGGCAAUACAGUAGUUAUUAAACCAGCAGAACAAACACCACUCAGCGCGCUCUACAUGGGAGCCCUCAUCAAGGAGGCUGGCUUUCCACCGGGAGUCAUCAAUAUUUUGCCAGGAUACGGGCCAACGGCCGGGGCAGCAAUAGCUUCUCACGUUGGCAUAGACAAGAUUGCGUUCACAGGGUCUACUGAGGUUGGAAAGCUUAUCCAAGAAGCAGCUGGAAGAAGUAAUUUGAAACGAGUAACUCUGGAACUUGGAGGGAAAAGUCCCAAUAUUAUUUUUGCAGAUGCUGAUUUGGACCAUGCCGUGGAGCAGGCUCACCAGGGUGUGUUCUUCAACCAAGGCCAGUGCUGCACUGCAGGAUCUCGCAUCUUCGUGGAGGAGUCCAUCUAUGAAGAGUUUGUGAGAAGAAGCGUGGAGCGGGCUAAGAGGCGUGUAGUGGGCAGCCCCUUUGACCCCACCACCGAGCAGGGACCCCAGAUUGAUAAGAAACAGUACAACAGGAUCCUGGAACUCAUCCAGAGUGGUGUGGCCGAAGGCGCCAAGCUGGAGUGUGGAGGCAAAGGGCUGGGCCGAAAGGGGUUUUUCAUCGAGCCCACAGUGUUUUCCAACGUCACCGACGACAUGCGGAUUGCCAAGGAGGAGAUCUUUGGCCCCGUUCAGGAAAUUUUGAGGUUUAAGACUAUGGAUGAAGUUAUUGAAAGAGCCAAUAACUCAGACUUUGGACUUGUAGCAGCUGUCUUUACUAAUGACAUCAACAAGGCCCUCACGGUGUCUUCGGCAAUGCAAGCUGGGACUGUUUGGAUCAAUUGUUACAAUGCCUUAAAUGCCCAGAGUCCCUUUGGGGGAUUCAAGAUGUCUGGAAAUGGGAGAGAAAUGGGAGAAUUUGGUUUGCGAGAGUACUCCGAAGUUAAGACUGUGACAGUAAAGAUCCCCCAGAAGAACUCUUAAGAUGGCCAAGAAGGAAGGUGAAGGCCAGCCUGCACGACUCUCCCCCUCUGCUUUCCCUGUGGGGCCCAGCUCUCAGGAAUCCAAACUUGAUACUCAGUCCUUACUUAACGAUUUAAAUGACAGCAGGUAGGCCAGGCCAUUCGCUGCGUAAUGAAAGCAAACCAGUCGGGCGUGGUUUCUUGGCACCCUGUGAGGGAUCACCUUAACAGUACCAAAUAUGGGGGAAAGUGGGAUAAAGGCACGAGGAGUAGCUGUGGGGCAUACCCAGUAUUUCUUUCUGGGGUGAGGGGCUGAAUGAGGGAGCUGUAUUAUUUGAUGCCUUCUGUCACACAGGACUUUGCUUGUGAGCAAAGGUGGCCUUUCCAUUGUCUUCAUUUCCCCCUUCCAGGCUCUCCCUGCUCACGCACCCCUCCCGCUCCUCCAAGGAGAUCUUAGCUGAGCUCAUCUGGGGCAGAUGUUUGGGCCGGGAACAAUUUUCCAAGGUUCUGCAGCCAAAUUACCGUUUCAUGUCAUCCAUUUCUUCAAAGCAAAACAUGAAAUGGUUUUAGUUAGAGCCAGACCAGACUGAAAAUGCCAGGAGCUGGUACACUGCAGAUGUACUAAGGAGAAAGAACUUGGGAUAUUCCUGACCCAGUCUGGCUUUCUUACAUCCGUAUAUAACAUGAGUGAAAGAUCAGGAGAUGGAGCUCCAGAGAUCAUCAUGUGUAGUUCACAGCCUCGGAGCUCAUCACUGCAUGGUUUGAGGGGGUAAGAGAGAGGGACGUGUGUGUGUGUGCACGUGCGUGUGCGCGCGCGCAUCUGUGCAUUUAAUUCCUUCUUGAGCAUUCUGGAAUAAGUCAGGGGGUGGGUGGUUUUUCAUGGAUUGAUCUUUUCCAAAGCUUGUCUUUAAAAUCAACCAAAAACUGAUCUGAGCAGGCUUGAGAAUUUGGAAAAAGGUAAUGCUGGGUGCCUUGUAGAAAUAAUUCCAUUUCCAAUACUGCUGACAAUUCAUACUAAAUGAAUUAUCUCUGCAGUUGGAAUCUAUAGCUUCUUCCGCACCGGCCCGCCCCCCCCCCCACCCCGGUCCCUGUCCCUGGUGCACGCCACCUCCCAGUCCCAGUGCUGUGGGUGUUACUUCAGCCUCCCAUGCCCUAGAUCCACUGGCAGUAACCUUGGAAAAUCUGGCCAGGCUCGGAGGUUUCCUUCUCCAUUUGUAGAGUUCCAGUGUGCCACGAUUGCCACGCUGCACCAGAUCUCCACCUGUCACGCCCGUGGCUCGUCCACACACCACUCUUGCUCUUGGCCUCCCAAGGGGGAAGCAUGAAGCAGGCUGGCUCCCUUUCCUCCAGCCAUGCGCUCCUCUUCUGCUUUCCACUGAAGGUUCCAUCUCUGACAUGGGCAGUGUCAGCUUCCUUUCCUUUUUCCCUCUUUCCAGCUGCCAAAUCCAAUUCAUUCUCUAACCUAGAUGAAGAUCAUUUAUUUAAAAGUACCAAACAUAACCUAGAAUAUAUGAAAUAUGGGCAACACAUAUAUAGCCUUCUGUAUUUAAUGGUUUUCUGCUUUCUAACCAUACCGGUUUUCUAUUUAUAACCCUUGACUAUUCAUGAUGUCUUAAAGAAACCUCUCCUUGCUGUUAUUGACAAAGGACAGUGGCCAGAUGCCUUGAGAGAUGCCACAUUUCUGAGUUCUUUCAUGUGAAUGUCAUGCUCUCCUCCUAUAGCCUGUGUCCCAGUGAACAUAUCCAUUAACCAGCUAGUUACCUUUGAACUGCAAUAUAGAAUGUGAAAAUGAAGAUUUAUUUCUUUUAAUUUACUUAAAAAGAAACCUUUGUGCUAGCAAUAAAGCAUUUAUAUUGUGUA